GCAAAACAUAUAAAUUUUUUUUUUAUUUUAAAGGAUUGUUCAAUACUAGUAACAACAUACUCAAGCAUCCAAAACACCCCAGCUUGCCAAGUUUUUCGAAUAACAAACUCCGAUUGGACCGUAGAAGGAAUCACCUUAAUCCCGCUCGGUUACUUAUUAGAAGCAGCCCCAUUGCCAUCAUCUUGUUACUGCCCCGAACUCUACACCCACCAAAUCAACGCGGGACCCACCCUAUACGCCAUGGUAUUCCGCCCCCACGAUUACAUCCCCGGCCAAAAAUACCCAACCGUUUUAAACGUUUACGGCGGCCCCGAAGUCCAACUCGUUUCAAACACUUUCAAAGGAAUGCGACAACUCCGUAUGCAUAUGUUGGCAGCGCGGGGUUAUUGCGUCGUAGCGAUUGAUUCGAGGGGGUCUCAACAUCGCGGACUCGGCUGGGAAGGGCACUUAAAAGGUAGGAUGGGAACGGUGGAGCUUGAAGAUCAAGUGGAGGUGCUUAAAUGGUUGGCGGAAUCGUUGAAAUGUAUCGAUAUGGAUAGGAUUGCGAUUCAUGGGUGGUCUUAUGGAGGUUAUUUGAGUUUGAUGGGGUUGGCGCAUUACGCGGAUGUUUUUAAGAUUGCCAUAGCGGGGGCUCCUGUUACGAAUUGGAGUUUGUAUGAUACUGGAUAUACGGAGAGGUAUAUGGAUUUACCGGAUCAGAAUCCGCAAGGUUAUUUAGAAGGAUCCGUUUUAAAUUAUGUGAAUAAAUUUCCUGAGCAGGAAAAUCGUUUAUUAAUCAUACAUGGUUUGAUCGAUGAGAACGUCCAUUUUUAUCAUAGCAGUCAGUUAAUAAGCGCGCUAGUUAAAGCGGGAAAACCGUACUCAUUACAAGUAUAUCCUAACGAAAGGCAUUCGUUGCGACAUUUAGACGCGAGUAAACACUAUGAGACUACCCUCUUGUCUUUCCUUCAAAACCAUUUAUAGUGACCCAUCCUAAUAAUUGUCUCACUUAAAAUUGUAAAUACUACUACUAAUAAUAUUUAAUGUAAAUUCGAGGCUGAACAGAAAAAAAGAAAAAAAAGUUAAUAAAAUAACCUCGAUGACGACGACGACGACGACCCUUAAUUAGCGUAGUAAUUUAUAUCGGCGUGACCUUUACAUUUACUUAAUAACAAAAAUAAUUGUCGUUUAAGGUUUUCGCCCACUUUUUAUUAAUUGUUAUAUACGCGCAGGAUUGAUGAUUGAUUGAAUUGAAUUAUUGUCAUGUCUUUUUUUAUCUAAUUAAUUUUAUCCUGUCUUAUCGUGCAAAGAACUCAAAUAAAAAAUGAUUAUUAAAGAUUAUAUAUAUAUACAGAGAAUAUGUAACAUAGUAAUAAACGAUUUA